UGUAACUCAAUAUUCACUGCAUUAGAGAAAAAUCAAGAAGCAAUUGAAAUUACAAGUGAAGACCACAUUAUACAGUAUGCAAAUCCUGCAUUUGAAACAACAAUGGGCUAUCAGUCAGGUGAAUUAGUAGGGAGAAAGUUAUCAGAAGUGUCUAUAAAUGAAAAAAAGGCUGAGUUGCUGGAUACUAUAAAUUCAUGCAUCAAGAUAGGCAAGGAGUGGCAAGGAAUUUACCAUGCCAAAAAGAAAAACGGAGAUAGUGUGCAACAAAAUGUGAAGAUAAUACCUGUCAUUGGACAGGGAGGAAAAAUUAGACACUAUGUGUCCAUUAUCAGAGUGUGCAAUGGCAGCAACGAGGCCGAGAAAAUACCUGAAUAUGUUCAGUCUGACACUUGUACAGAUAAUCAGACAGGCAAACAUAAAGACAGGAGGAAAGGCUCACUAGACAUCAGAACUGUUGCCUCUCGAGCAAGUGAAGUUUCCAGCCAGAGACGACACUCCUCCAUGGCCCGGAUACAUUCCAUGACCAUUGAGGCACCCAUCACCAAGGUAAUCAAUAUCAUCAAUGCCGCCCAGGAAAGCAGCCCUAUGCCUGUGACAGAAGCCUUAGGCCGUGUGCUGGAUAUUCUAAGAACCACUGAAUUAUAUUCACCACAGUUUGGUGCUAAGGAUGAUGAUCCUCAUGCCAAUGACCUCGUUGAGGGCUUAAUGUCUGAUGGUUUGCGGAGACUAUCAGGGAAUGAAUAUGUUCUUUCAGCAAAAAACCUUCCACAGGUUUCAAGCAGUAUAAUCACUCCCAUGUCUCUUCAUGACGUCCCACCGCGGAUAGCUCAAGCCAUGGAAAAUGAGGAAUAUUGGGACUUUGAUAUUUUUGAACUGGAGGCUGCCACCCAUAAUAGGCCUUUGAUUUAUCUUGGUCUCAAAAUGUUUGCUCGCUUUGGAAUCUGUGAAUUCUUAAACUGCUCCGAGUCAACACUGAGAUCGUGGUUACAAAUUAUUGAAGCCAAUUAUCAUUCUUCUAACCCCUACCACAAUUCUACACAUUCUGCUGAUGUGCUUCAUGCCACUGCCUAUUUUCUCUCCAAGGAGAGGAUAAAGCAAACUUUAGAUCCAAUUGAUGAAGUCGCUGCCCUCAUUGCAGCCACCAUUCAUGAUGUGGAUCACCCUGGGAGAACCAACUCCUUCCUGUGUAAUGCUGGAAGUGAGCUGGCCACUUUGUACAAUGACAUUGCUGUGUUGGAGAGCCACCAUGCAGCCUUGGCCUUCCAGCUGACCACUAGAGAUGAUAAAUGCAAUAUCUUUAAGAACAUGAAGAGGAAUGACUAUCGGACACUACGCCAGGGGAUUAUUGACAUGGUCCUAGCCACAGAAAUGACAAAGCACUUCGAGCAUGUCAACAAAUUUGUCAAUAGCAUCAACAAGCCCUUGGCAGCUCUAGAAGAAGAUGGGGAAACUGGUAAAGAUCAGGAAACCAUAAACACUAUGCUCAGAACUCCAGAGAACAGGACUCUAAUUAAACGAAUGCUAAUUAAGUGUGCUGAUGUGUCCAAUCCCUGCCGACCGCUGGAGUACUGCAUUGAGUGGGCCGCCCGCAUUUCAGAAGAAUAUUUUUCUCAGACUGAUGAAGAGAAGCAGCAGGAUUUACCUGUGGUGAUGCCAGUUUUUGACAGAAAUACCUGCAGCAUCCCCAGAUCCCAAAUCUCUUUCAUUGACUACUUCAUCACAGACAUGUUCGAUGCUUGGGAUGUCUUUGUAGACCUGCCUGAUUUAAUGCAGCAUCUUGACAACAACUUUAAAUACUGGAAAGGACUGGACGAUAUGAAGCUGCGGAGCCUCCGACCACCUCCUGAAGAGGGCAAGACACUGCCUGGACCCUGAGGCUUUGUGCCUCUGGUCAUUUGGAAUUCCUGAGCGCAGCCAGAGUUCCUUAGGCAGAACCGCUCCCUGGUCUGUAGAGCCUGUGAAAGCACACGGGGACAUCUGUAACCUUCUGAAGCCAUCAUCUGAUGCCAUUGCUAUAAAGUGAGACUUAGCCACUGUAGCUUGGGCCUGCUGCAGGGGCUCUUCGGAAAGGCACAUGAGAACUAUGGUUGACACCAGCUUUCUGUUAAAAUGCAAGGUCUGGAGUGCCCCUGUGGAGGGUGUUGGUGGAUUUCCCGCCAGUGGUAGAGAAUGUCUUAUUGCAAACAAUUUCUUUCAAUUAUUUUCAGCACUUAAGGACAGCUAAUGGCAAUCGGAUCUUUAGCAACUUUUUCACAUCACAGAAGGUGCAAUCACUCACUUUGGAACACUACUGAGAGUGACUUCUCUUUUAAAAUUGAGUAGCAAAUGAAAAAUAAAACUUUGAAGUUGAUUAUUAUCAAUUAUUAAAAUGUCUUAUUUAUUUUAUUAAAACUUCAAUAUUUUCUAUGAAUUUAAAAAUACUUCAAAGCCAAAGCCAACUUCAAAUGCCAUGACCAAAUUUUACAUGAUUCAUAUUCAUUAAAUAUACAUUACUUGGUGUACAGACUUAUCUUCAUAAUACAAAUUAAAAAUAUUAUAAAAUGACAUUUUUUACUACACUAUAGAAAUAUUUGUGUAUGUUAUACUCUUUUCUGAUUGAUGCUAAUUGGAAAAAGCUGUUUUACUGAUAGGUCUUAUUCUAGCCUUCAGAGGAGGCUGCUUCUGCUGUAUAGAACCCAGGGCUCUGAGACAGCUCUAGUCAUCUGAUGAGCUUUGCAGGUGACUCCCCAAGGUAAAAUAAUACUCUUCUUGGUUUGCAAAGAAAAAUUAGGACUUAACGCUUUUUCCUAAAAUGUUAUAAUUGAAUUUCCAAAAGCUUGCCUUAUUUUCUACUGUUUCUAUAAAAUACUCCCUAUGAAAACAAAGAGCAAAAACGGAAUAUUUAAUGAACUGACAUUUUAUAACCAACCUGUUUUCAUCUGCAGUGGGAAACUUUGAUUCCAGAAGUUUAUAAAAGUUCUGUAUCUUCACAUUUUGAAUAAGCAUAAUACCAUAAAAAAAAAGACACUUGGUGACAUGUCAAAGUGUUUGUCAUUUCAUUUUAAACUUGUAUUUGGGUUUUUUCCCAGAUAAAAAUGAAAUUAAACUAUCUGUUUUUAAGAAAUCA